AUGAAGCUCACUGGUGCUCUCCUGUUGCUUGGGGCUGCCCUGCUCCUGACCUCAGGGGUAAAUUGUGGCCUUUGCCCUGCUUUGAAGGAGGACCUUGCUCUUUUCUUUGGCGUGACUGUGCUUGACUAUGUGGAUUUCGUGAGCCAGUACAGGAACGAAUCUGCCAUAUUGAAAAAUGCUGAAGAUCUCAAGAUGUGUUCUGAUAAUAAGCUGACAGAGGAAGACAAGGAAAAUGUGCAGAGUUUGGUGGCAAAAAUAGAAGCUAACCCUCUCUGUUGA